AUGCCUCGGGAACUAGAGCCGUCUCUGAACGAGAGAGCGUUUGUGAAGCAAGCGCUACAAGAUGGCCAGAGACUCGAUGGCCGCAGUUUCGAGGACUACCGGCCCAUAGACCUGACGCUCGGAGAUGAGUUUGGCGUGGCCGAUGUCCGGAUCGGCAACACAAGGGUCGUCGCAAAAGCCACUGCCGAGGUGACCACGCCCUUUUCGGACCGACCCUUUGACGGCAUCUUUAACAUCGUGACCGAGCUCAGCCCGAUGGCCUCGCCCUCUUUCGAAGCCGGACGACCGAGCGAGGCAGAGGUCCUGCUGUCGCGCAUCCUCGAAAAGACGAUCCGACGGUCGGGCGCGCUCGACACCGAGUCGCUCUGUCUCGCGGCCGGCAACAAGUGCUGGUCUGUCCGGGUGGACGUGCAUGUGAUGUCGCACGAGGGCAACCUGGUGGAUGCGUCCUGUCUGGCCGUGGUCGCGGCGCUGCGCCACUUCCGCAAGGCCGAAACGAGCAUAGAGAACGGCGUGCUGACGGUGUACACGCCGGCCGAGCGCGAGCCGGUGCCGCUGAGCUGGCUGCACUCGCCGUUCUGCGUGACGUUUAGCUUUUUCGAGGCCGACGACACCGAGAUCACACUGCUCGACGCCAGCCUGCUGGAGGAGCAGACACGCGUCAGCAGCUGCACCAUCAGCAUUAACCGACACGGCGAGAUCUGCCAGGUGGCCAAGCUUGGAGGCACUCCGGUCGAGGCGGUAACCAUAUUGAAGUGCACGAGCAUCGCUUUGGCCAAGGCCAAGGACCUGUCUGUCUUCCUGGACAAGAAGCUCGAAGAGGACGCCAAGAGGAGGAACAAGGGCGGACUCAUGGCCGAGCUGUCGGCCGAAAACGCGCGGUGA